UUACGCAUGAGCCGUGUCUGUCGUGGCUAGUCAUCCGCGAGAAUGUCUCUUCUCGAUAAUGAAGAAGACGAGCAUUCUGGUUACUUGCGAAACAAUUCAGAAUCACCGUCGGUGAUAUCUUCAGUCGAACCCAAGCAACCAUUCCCGCCGCUCCCCGCCGAUGACCUUGCGACAACCACACUGAGCUCGCAAAAUGAGGACUACAUCGAAGAAGAUGACCAUGAUCCGACCUCACCCUCACACGCGGAUAUUGAUGCAGAAGACGAUGCCGACUUUCAAUCACAAUAUUCCUUAGAGGACCAAGCUUUUUCGGAUGCCUCCACGGACUCGGAGGAGCAGUCACCAGAAGAUGGUCUUUCUAUGCAUCACCCAUUUCGCCAGUCCACCAGCUCACUUCAAGGGCCGAAUGCCUUUGCUCCGCCCUUCUACAAUCGACCCCCUACGCCGCUUCCCCCGUCUCCAUCAUUGACCUCCCUUCUCCGACCGCCGUUCUCCACGACCACUUCUCGUCCUACCACCCCUGACAGCUCGGACGUGGAAACACCGAAUGAUACAGAGGCUGCUGUUGCGAAAUCCGCCCGUCGCGCAACGACUGUUCCAAGAGCCAGUCCGAAGGUGCCGACAUAUGAAUACUAUGGAUUCGUCCUAUAUCUUGCCUCCUCUUUAGCCUUCUUGAUCUACAUCCUUUGGUCCUACCUACCCUCCCCGUUCCUACACCAGCUUGGAAUAUACUAUUACCCGAAUCGGUGGUGGUCGUUAGCGUUUCCCUCAUGGCUGGUCAUGUCCAUCAUCUACAUAUAUGUUGCCCUGGCAUCAUACAACACGGGGUACCUGACGCUACCGAUGAAUAGCAUGGAGAAUAUCGUGGAUGAGGUGGCCAAUGUGGCCGUCAUUGAUGGCAAGGGCAGGCGACGACCCGGUGGAGCUGCGAAGAUGAGACCUGGCGCGACAUCGUAUCAAAUUAUGGGGCCGCAGAACCGAAAGGUCAACUGGAAAGAGAUAUGGAGCGAAGGGACGGAUGCUGUGCUGGAUGUGCCAGUCGGUGGAGUCUGCGAAGUUCUUUACGGACAGGAGCGCGAUGAUGAUGAGUUGUUUGAAGAGACGCCUAAUAUUUUAUAG